CGUCACGGCGGCGGGGCCGGCACCGGCAGCGGCGGAGAGAGACAGGGGGCUGAGGGGCCGCGGGGGGUCUCGCGAGAGGCGGGCCAGCUGUGAGUUUCCCUGGAGCCCCCCUGUGUCCCAGGAUGUUCCUGAGGAGCUCUGCCCGUGCCCUGCUCUGUGUCAGGAUCCAGCAGCUCCCACAGAGGCUGAUCCAGUGCCACGGGUCCAGACGGGGCCGUUACAGGGCUGUGAUCUUUGAGGAGAGCGGGGUCCUGCUCCCAGACCCCCCCAGCACAGCCACAGACUGGGAGACCCAGAGUUGUAUUCCAGCUGGCACCAUCCAGCAAGCCCUGCUGUCCGGAGGGGAGAACAGUCUCUCCCAGAGGUAUUCCAGAGGGGAGCUGACAGCUGUGGAGUUCCUGCAGGAACUGGGACAGCAGUGCUUUGAGAUUGCAAAUGUCCGUGUUCCAGUGCACUCUUUUCUGUGGGACUUGAUCCGGGCUGAGAUGAUGAAACAGCUCCCCACGAUGGCAGAAGCAGCUCGGUGUGUCCGGGCACAAGGGCUUAAGACAGCUCUGCUCAGCAACACCUCGUGCCUGGGGAAGGGAGGGAGGUUCCUGCCCCUGGAUCGACAGCACUUUGACGUGGUGGUUGAAUCCCAUCAGGAAGGAAUUUGCCGGCCAGAUCCCGGGAUCUACAGGCUGUGCCUGGAGCGCUUGGGAGUCCAGCCCCAGGAAUCCAUUGUCCUCGACAGCAGCAGCCACAACCUGGAGGCAGCAGCCCAGCUUGGCAUGAAAACGGUGAAGGUUGAUGAUCCAGAGGCAGCACUCAAGGAGCUGGAAACCCAUCUGGGAUUUCCUCUGCGAGGGUUUGUCCCCUAUACUCGCUCAGUCAGACCAGGCAUGGAAAUCCCAAAGGAUCAACUGCAAAAGUACCUUGAAAAUGUUCUGGGUGCCCACCCAACAGGCCCUCUGGAGUUCCGGCAGUUUGAGCACGGAGAGGCCACCCGGAGCUAUUUGGUCAAGUUUGGGGAUCGUUUGCUGGUGCUGAAGAAGGAGGAGGAGCCUCCUGACAGCCCCAGCCCCUCAGGCCCUUCUGUCCCAAGGGAAUACAGGCUCCUGAAGGCUCUCUCUGAGGCUGGUGUUCCUGUUCCCACUGUACUUGCUCUCUGCGAGGACAGCAGCACCCUUGGCUCACCUUUCUUUGUGAUGGAGCUCUGCCCUGGCUGUGUCCACCACGACGUGUUCCUGCCGGCGCUGCCGCCGCGCCAGCGCCGGGCCCGGUACCGCGCCAUGAGCCACGUCCUUGCCAGGAUCCACAGCGUGGAGCUUGGGACAGCCGGGCUGCAGGACCUCGGGGAGCACGGUAAUUACAUUCAGCGGCAAGUUGAGACCUGGACAAAGCAGUACCGAGCUGUGGAAACUCACGCUAUCCCAGCGAUGGAGAGACUCAUCCAGUGGCUACCUCUGCAUUUCCCAGAGUCUCAGAAGACGACACUGGUACAUGGGGAUUUCAGGAUGGACCACCUGGUCUUUCAUCCAGACAGGCCAGAAGUCCUUGCUGUCCUUGGCUGGAAGUUUGCAGCUCUAGGAGAUCCCUUCUCUGAUUUGGCGAAUAGCUGCAUGGCCCAUUUCCUGCCACCUCACUUUAGUGCUCGCAGAGGCUUGAGGAAGUGCGAUUUGGGGCAGCUGGGAGUUCCCACGGCAGAGGAAUAUUCCCAGACCUACUGCGGCCACAUGGGAGUGGAGCUCCCGGAGAACUGGAAUUUCUACAUGGCCUUUGCGUUUUUCCGCCUGGCCGUGGCGCUGCAGGGACGGCACCGGCACUGGGCGGCAGGGAGCCCAGCCCCAGGUGACAGCAGCCCUCAGGAUGCAGAGUUUGUGGCUGAGCUGGCCUGGGAGUUUGCCACAAAGGAAGGAUUCCGAGUGUUUGAGAGCCUCCCACCCACAAAGCUGCUCGCACGACAUUCCAGCACCUGGGCCGGGCGAGGGCCAUUUCCCAGCAGGAGUUACAGCACCUGGACAAGUCCUGUGCCCAAGGUUCUCCUGCUCACUCCUCCCACCAGCCUGCUGGGGAUGGCCCAGGCUUUUCACUGCAAGCUGAAAAUACAGCAGGGCUUUCUCAGUUGCCAGCCCAGACGGACUCCACGUGCUCUGCCAGAACUGCAGGUCUCUGGAGCAGAACAUCUCCACAGUGCAGAUCCCAGCCUGCUGCUUCCCUUGGACCUGAGCUUCACAUCUGGCUGAGGGUCCCAUGAGGGUCACAGUCCUUUGGAGCCUCGGCUGGGAAACUAAACCAUCCAGCCUGGCACAGGAGAGGCCGUGCUAAGGGCAGCCUGUGAGCUUCCCUAUUCCAGUGCUGCUUGCUGUUAUCUGUGCUCAGUGCCUUUAUUGCCCAGCUCAGUAUGGGGCAAAAUCCAUCCUUGGACCA